AUGAGCUCCCCGGCCCGUCCCUCCCAGGAGCAAGAGGAAGAAGGCCACAUUCCCGGCCCUCUCCUCAUUGAAAAGCUCGCGGAGAGCGGUCUUACUGCUCAAGAUAUCAAGAAGUUGACAGAUGCAGGCCUGCAUACGGUGGAGGCGGUAGCAUAUACCCCUAAGAAGACACUGAUGGCAAUACGGGGCAUUUCAGAACAAAAAGCGGACAAGAUUCUCGCAGAAGCCCUCAAGAUCAUCCCCAUCGGCUUUCAGAGCGCAACGGAAGUUCAUGCUCGUCGAUCUGAGCUCGUUCACAUCACUACUGGCUCCAAGAACUUGGACGCUCUGCUCGGUGGAGGCAUCGAGACGGGCGCAAUCACGGAGUUCUUUGGAGAGUUCCGCACCGGAAAGUCGCAGAUAUGCCACACGCUCGCAGUGGCGUGUCAGCUUCCCAUAGACAUGGGUGGCGGGGAGGGGAAGUGCCUCUACAUCGACACGGAGGGUACUUUCCGGCCGGAACGUCUGCUGGCCGCCGCAGAGAGAUGGGGUUUGAACGGCGAAGAAGUCUUGGACAACGUCGCGUACGCGCGAGCGUACAAUGCUGAUCACCAAAAUCAGCUGCUCACACAAGCAAGCGCGUUCAUGUCUGAGUCGAGGUUCUGCCUCCUCAUCGUGGAUUCUGCGACCGCGUUGUACCGCACAGACUUUAGCGGUCGUGGGGAACUCUCAGCAAGACAAGCCCACCUCGGAAAGUUCCUGCGCACGCUACAAAGACUGGCAGAUGAAUUUGGAAUCGCUGUAGUUAUCAGCAACCAGGUCAUGUCAAACCCAGACGGAGCAGCAGGACCAUAUGCGGCCAAUGAGAAGAAACCAGUAGGUGGUAACAUCAUUGCCCAUGCUUCAACAACUCGGGUGCAGCUCAAGAAGGCCAGGGGAGCUAAUCGCCAGGCGAAGAUCGUUGAUUCCCCUUGUCUUCCCGAGUCUGAGACGACAUUUGCUAUAUUGCAAAGCGGUAUCGGUGACCCAGAGGAAGAAUAA